UGCCCCAAAGCCUAAGCCGAAACCAAAAACCCAAAGCCUUUGCUUUGAUUUGCAGAGAGAAUCCAAAACAUUUGUCUUAACAAAAAUAAGAACUCAAACUGCAGAUUCUCUCUUUCCCUCACAAGACAAACAUAUACAUACAUAAACACGGGUAAAAACAUACAAACAAAAGCAUUUACAUACAUGUAUACAUACAUAUAGAGAGAGAGAGAGAGAGAGAGAGAGAGGCGGGGGAAGGAUAGUUCUAUAACUCUAUUCCAGUAAUUUCAAUCAGGUCCUACUCUUCUUGCUUCUUAUCCAAUAUGCAAAUGGUUACCUAUUUUUAGCGGUAAAUUGUGGCCGGUUGAAGAAGAAAGUGGGAUAUAGAUUGGUUUUAUUCGAAAAAAGAGGUGCUUCCUUUGGGGCCAUACAGAACAUGUUGGAAAAUAUAACUUGUUUGGUUUCUAGGGACUACCAAAGGACCUGCGAGCAAGGAAGCAAGUGGCCUUUCACGAAGUACCUGCUGCAAAAAAAUUGAAUUACAACAAGGUAAGUGACCAUUAGAAACAAACGGAGAAGUUCUCGUCCAAAAGAUGUCUAAGCAAUCAGUGUGUGUAUUGGAUAUUACCUCAUCAAUGAGUGGAAUUCUAAUGCCCCCUUGUGACCAUUCCAAUAAUCAGCAACAUUCAGGGGAUAAUUCUGACUCAAGUUCCCUGAUUGCUGCUAUUGGUUAUGGUAACUCUAUUAGUUGUCUCAUUCGAUGCUCCAGAGCUGAUUAUGGCGCUAUUGCAUCUUUAAACCGGAGUUUUCGCUCACUUAUUAGAGAUGGUGAGCUCUACAAAUUGAGGCGGAAAAAUGGUGUGGUUGAGCAUUGGGUAUACUUUUCGCGCCAUUUGCUCGAAUGGGAAGCCUUUGACCCUAGUCGUCGUCGUUGGAUGCAUUUACCUCGAAUGAAUGCUAAUGAUUGUUUUGUCUUUUCUGAUAAAGAAUCUUUGGCAGUUGGCACUGAGCUUCUUGUUUUUGGAUGGGAUCUUAUGUCUCAUGUGAUAUGUAAAUACAGUUUGUUGACAAACACAUGGUCGUCGGGAAUGAGUAUGGAUGCACCUAGGUGUUUGUUUGGAUCUGCCAGUCUCGGGGAGAUUGCAAUAUUAGCCGGUGGCUGUGACUCAAAUGGUAAUAUCCUCAGUUCUGCAGAGCUCUACAAUUCCGAUGAAGGAACUUGGAAAACAGUCCAAAGCAUGAACAAACCAAGGAAGAUGUGUUCUGCAGUGUUCAUGGAUGGAAAUUUUUAUGUAAUUGGAGGAAUCGGAGGAACUGAUUCAGUGCUUCUCACAUGUGGAGAGGAAUAUAAUUUGGAAACAGAGACCUGGACGGAAAUCCCUAACAUGUCCCCGGUGCGGACUGGUGAAGCAAGGGAAAAUGACAUGCCGGCAACAUCUAUAGCGCCACCUUCGAUUGCUGUCGUAAAUAAUGAAUUAUAUGCUGCUGAUUAUGCAAACAUGGAGGUGAGAAAAUACAACAAGAAUAGUAGAGCGUGGGUUACUGUAGGAAGAUUACCGGAACGAGUCGAUUCUAUGAAUGGUUGAGGUUUGGCAUUUAGGGCAUGUGGCGAUAGGCUUAUUGUAAUUGGGGGUCCUAGAACUGUUGGUGAAGGAUUAAUUGAAGUCAAUUCAUGGGUUCCAAGUGAAGGUCCACCACAGUGGGAUUUACUCGGACGAAAGCGAUCUGGCAGUUUUGUUUAUAAUUCUACUGUGAUGGGAUGCUGAAGAUUUUCAUGUUGGUGCAUCAAGCGUUUUUCCUUAUGCCGAUAAAUACAAAAUUGGUUCCGAGAUCCACUAUGUUCUUACUCUUUACAAAAGGGUAAUUUGUCCCAAUGUUUGUGUGUUAAUAUAGACAUUGAUUGUUCUAUAAAUGUAUCUGUACCUGUUUAUAUGUGCUUAUUGGGUUGAAGGUGUUGCUUUAUCUAAAAUGAGUGGUUGCUAUGGCUUCUUUUGGACGCUAGAAGAAGGAUGAUUGAAACCUGAAUUUACGAUG